UAUUCCACCAUCUCAGUCUCCUGAUAAUUCAUUGAUUCUGAGUUUUUGACAGAGUGGCAUGUAUGAAUACAAUCGGAAAAAGAGCCGAGCAACCGGACAGCUGCACGACUGGGAGAGGGGACUUCAGAAGCCUUUUUUUUUCACACAGAAAGAAUAAGAUUUUUGCAAACUUGAAGCAAUGGAUGGCGACUCGAAAGCCGCCACUGAGCAAAUUUUGCUGAAACCAUACAAGUACUUGUUGGAAUUACAAGGAAAGAACAUCAGGACAAAACUAUCCCAAGCAUUUAACCACUGGCUCAAUGUUCCAGAGGACAAACUGCAGGUGAUCAUCCAGGUGACUGAGAUGCUGCACAACGCCAGCUUGCUCAUAGACGACAUCGAGGACAGCUCCAAGCUGCGGCGAGGCUUCCCUGUGGCCCACAGCAUCUAUGGCAUUCCCUCCGUUAUCAACACAGCAAACUACGUCUACUUCCUGGGGUUGGAGAAGGUGCUGACCCUGGAGCACCCUGAGGCUGUCCGAGUGUUUACCCGGCAGCUGCUGGAGCUGCACCGUGGUCAGGGCCUGGACAUCCACUGGAGGGACACCUACACCUGUCCCACUGAGCAGGAGUACCGCAACAUGGUGCUACAGAAAACUGGAGGGCUCUUUGGUCUGGCUGUGGGCCUGAUGCAGCUCUUCUCAGAUGGGAAACAGGACCUGAAACCCCUCCUGGACACACUGGACCUCUUCUUCCAGAUCUGCGACGACUACGUCAACCUGAGCUCUCGUGAGUACAGCGAGAACAAGAGCUUCUGUGAGGACCUGACUGAGGGAAAGUUCUCUUUCCCCACCAUUCACGCCAUAUGGUCGCGUCCAGAGAGCACUCAGGUGCAGAACAUCCUGAGGCAGCGCACAGAGAACAUGGACAUCAAACGAUACUGCGUGGACUACCUGGAGAAGGUAGGCUCGUUUGCCUACACCCGUCAGACUCUGCGAGACCUGGAGGCGGAGGUCUACCGCCUCAUCGGGGAGUUUGGGGGAAACCCUCAACUGGAGAGCCUUGUCAAACACCUCAGCCAAAUGCAUCGUGAGGCUGAAGCCACAGCAGAGUCCAGUACUGAGCCACACUCCAACCAAAACCACUGACCUCAUCCACCAUGACUCACAUACUAGCCCUGCACACUCCACUAAAUAAAGUAAGAUGUCUUGAGUGUAUGAUGUGUGAUUUGGGGAUCCUUAAUCAUUAAGCCGCCAGAGUGCCAAUCCUGUAGAAAAGACCUCUGCAACUCAAUUGCCUACUUGUAUUAUAACAUGCUGGCAUUAUAUGCAAAGUAGUGCUCAUGCUGUUUAUGCUCAGCUGUAUAUAAAAAAAUGUUUGUUUUGGUU